AUGCUGUACCGCGCAGUGCUGUUCGCCGCGCUCCUGCCUUUCGCAUUGGCGUUUGGAAACUUCUUCAACUUCCCCUUUGGCCAACAGCAACAGCAGCAACAACAGCAGCAGCGUCCUCGCCGCGAACACCCUGGCUGGGAUUUGCUGCACGAUGUGCACUGCCGCGCAGGCUACGUCUGUCCUGGCAGUCUUGUGUGCGUUCCUACCCCAGCAGACUGCCCUUGCCCCUACCCCGAGGACACCAAGUGCGUCGUCCCCGAUAACCGGGAACGCGAUGAGGGCGAAGGCCCGCCAUUUAUCUGCGUCCGUGGAGAUUGCGACGACGUCGUCCGCUUCGCACGCACGAUAUGA